AUGAGUUCUUUCCCGGGUUUUCUUGGGGUUAAGAAAGAAAAAACUGGUGGUGAUGAAACAGAUGGAGGAGAGAAUGGUGGUGAAACAGAUGGAGGAGAGAAUGGUGGUGAUGAAACAGAUGGAGGAGAGAAUGGUGGUGAUGAAACAGAUGGAGGAGAGAAUGGUGGUGAUGAAACAGAUGGAGGAGAGAAUGGUGGUGAAACAGAUGGAGAGGGGAAUGGUGGUGCAACAGAUGGAGGAGAGAAUGGUGGUGAUGAAACAGAUGGAGGAGAGAAUGGUGGUGAAACAGAUGGAGGGGAUGGUGAUGGUGAAAGAAAGGAAGGAGAGAAGUGUGAUGAAACAGAGGAAGGAGGGGAUGGUGAUGGAGGCCGAGAUGAGAUCCACCAGAAUGGUGAAUCAGGGUUAGGAGAGGUUGGUUGA